UCACCAUCCUGAUUUGGAAAUAUAUCUUUGUUCCUUCACUGUCAAUGGGUCAAAAUCAGUUUACUGCUCAACUGAGGCAUUAUAAACACAUUGUUUUGUAUAGCCUUUCUGUUUCCAAUUAUCGCAUGAACUGGAAACCUGAGCAAACUGAUAUUAUAAAAAUCACUCAGUAAUUUAACUGUCUCCCCACCCUGAUUCAACUUCUAGCGAGGCAGGGUAGAUAGGUAAAGUGAGGGCUAGGGGUAUGUAGAGUAAGCCGUUUGUACCAGAGUUUUGUGCCAUUUAUCACAUCAAUUUUUAUUUUAAAUAUUUAUCUGUUUCCCUUAAAGCUGUUCCCACACUGUGUACGGGAAGGUCUUGCAUUGCAUUCCAUUACACAGUACCAGACCACAGCAUUUAAACAACACUGUUUCUCCCUCCGUUCUUUUCAACUUUGUUCCCCAGUCACUGAAUCACCAAUCAGUUGGAAGUUGUUACUCUCGUGAUUCUUUGCAAAUCUAUUGUUGCUUUGGACACUUGAGCUUGUUCACCACGAGGUGGGGCAUUUGGAACAGUGAAGCACUCUUGUCAAAGUGGAGCCCACCAGCUGAGAGCUCAGUGUCACAAAGCUGUGGUGAUCAGGCUCUCUGAUUCAGCAAGAAGCAGUGUACCAAAAGCUGGGAAGACAAACUGGUAUUGAAAUGGAAGUUCAUUCAAUCAAUAUUUCUGACUAUGUAGUAAAUGUUUUUGGCUUCACAAAUUACAUUGAAUGUACAGCACAAAAAUAGGAGAUUCGGGGAUAGGAGAGUUGAUGGAUUAACUACCAGGAGGACGUUUCACUUUAUGAGGGCAUCAGUAACUACGGGCACAGUUGAUUCAGUCUGUGCUGACGGCUAUGAAGUGAGCAAUCUGAUAUCUGCGGACCCUGUGAAAAGAAAAUGUGGCUUCCGUGCUGAAUACUUCAUCAAGCCUCCUGUACAUGUUACCAUUUCAUUCCCAUUUAACGUGGAACUAUGUAAGAUUGACAUAGAUGUGUCGGCCAGCUUACAAAACUCUUCAAGGUUGGAUAUUUAUACAUGUACCACACACAGUAAGGAUAUGACAUGGAAUGGAGCUCCCUCACACAGCUCUCCAUCAGCAGACCACGCCUUUUCUGACAGUGAUGUUUUCACAUUGGUGGGGAAGGCCAUGUUGAAAAACCAAAACAAAGUGUCCUUCAGACAUAAAGCCUUUAAAGCCAGGGCUCCUUUUCGUGAAUUUACUGAGCAUUCUGUUGUUGCUGAUGGUACCUUUGUGCAGGAUUUGUGGAAUAAGGGUCAGUUUUCACUGACAAAUAUAAAUCACCUCAGGAUCUCCAUUGCUUAUGUGUCAGGUGGCAGUUUGCCGUGCUUAAGGAAGGUUGACAUCUGGGGCCAACCAUCGUGGUCUUGCCCUCGUAAUAUCAUAGAAUGUGCCUUCAGAGUUUAUCAGAAAUACAAAGCUGAACCAUCAAUUCCAAUACUCACUCAGGAAAAUGUUUCUGUCACCCAGUCUAGUAAUGCACCGAGAGACGGCCUGCACCCAGAUGUUAGCAGCUCUUCAGUGACCAGUGGGAAUGUUCCAGAAGAAUUUCUGGACCCCAUCACUUCUGAGAUCAUGAUCCUCCCAAUGUUGCUUCCCUGUGGGAAAGUGAUUGAUCAGAGUACUCUGGACAAAUACAAUCAGUGUGAAGCCACAUGGGGCAGAGUGCCAAACGACCCCUUCACAAAUGUUCCCUUCAGCCGGAAUUCCAAACCAGUCCCACACUCAACUCUGAAAGCAAGGCUGGAUUAUUUCCUGCUGCGGACCUCGAUACCGGAUCGUGCCGUUGUGGGGAGGACUCAUGUUGGAUUUGUUGCCUCAUCUGCAGUGAAGAGAAAGUCAGACUCCCCACAGGGCGUAGUCACAAAUCCUAUCUUGGAAGGACUAAAUGCUGGCAUUAGUGGGAACUCCACUGCUGUGCUAGACUGUGGUGAAAAGCGAUUCAAAACAGGAAUGAGAAAACCGCAAGAGCCUGUACAAGAUUUGGGUCCGGUUUCCCAUGAGCAGAGGUUGUCUCAAAGUCUGGAUAAUGCUUUAACUUCUGCCUUAAGUACACUGCCAACCUUCACAGUUCGGCACAGGCAAGACCAGCAACAGCCAGUAGCCGGCAGCAUCUCUGACUGCACACAAGUUUGUCUCAUUGAAACUUACAGAAUACUGAUAGGUCUGGAGAGCGUGGAUGUGGAGAACAUGUUCGGGUACAGCCUCAGAGUGAAGGCACAACCCUUUAGAACUGAAAUUAGGAAUUUCUUCAGCCAGAGGGUGUGUUGAAUCUUUGGAACACAUUACCACAGAGAGCGAUGGAGGCUAAUUCUCAAGUAUUUGAUUCAUCAGGGGAUCAAAGGUUACAGAGAGAAGGCAAGAGAAUGGGGAUGAGAAACAUAUUAGCCAUAAUCAAAUGGCAGAGCAGACCCAAUGACCUGACUGGCCUAAUUCUGUUCCUGCAUCUUAUGCUCUUAGGGUCUACAAUCAGAAACUGAAGGGAAAUGUUUAGAGAAAUUUAUUGUAAAUCUGAGCUGCCGGAAAAUUGGAUUUAUCUGAUUGUGAAUUGUUAUGACAAUUGGAGCAAGUGCCAAUACAGGUCGUCUUCUGCCAAACUAAAUUGGGAAUCAGCUUCCUUUUUGUAGAAUAGUCUACAGAAAGUGUAUCUGAUAGAACUUACUGUUGAUAUUUAUGAAGAUGAAUACUUUUUUUAAUUGUUGAAAUGGCUUUCACCUGAAUUGAACUCACUAUUGUCAUAAUUGCCUAGGUCAUGAUUCAUCUUAAUAUUAUAGAAGUGACUUUUGGUUUGGAGAAGAGUAAAUUUAUACGGGAAAGGUAAUUGAAAUGCUAAAUUUGAAAAAUUUCCAUGACAUCUCAAAUAAUAUCAGUGCAAGGGUUCCAUGUGAACUUGUCAGGUCAAGGUCAGGAAAGAGGGAAAGUCAUAAAAGCGAGGUAAAAACAAUGACUGCAGAUGC